AACUACACUUAUGCGGCAGCCAUCACUGGGUUUCAGUUGUAUUAUACAUCUGUUUUCUCGCUCUUUCUCUCUGCAGUCCUUCUGGCUGAAUACGUGGAUGAUGGAGACGUCAGUGGGAAGACGCUGAAGAUCACGGAUUUCGGACUGGCGCGAGAGUGGCACAAGACCACCAAAAUGAGCGCGGCCGGCACCUACGCCUGGAUGGCGCCCGAAGUCAUCAAGAGCUCCACUUUUUCCAGGGGCAGCGAUGUCUGGAGUUAUGGGGUACUCCUUUGGGAACUCCUCACCGGAGAAGUCCCAUAUCGGGGCAUCGACGGCCUUGCUGUCGCCUAUGGGGUCGCCGUGAACAAGCUGACGCUUCCUAUUCCAUCUACCUGUCCAGAUCCUUUUGCACGCCUCAUGGCAGAGUGCUGGGAACAAGAUCCCCACCGCCGUCCCAGUUUUGCAACCAUCUUGUCCCAGCUGACAGUGCUAGAGACUCAGGUUCUGCAUGACAUGCCCCAGGAAUCCUUCCACUCCAUGCAAGACGACUGGAAAGUCGAGAUCCAGAACAUGUUCGAUGAACUGAGAGCCAAGGAAAAGGAACUGCUGAGCCGCGAGGAAGAGCUGAAGCAGGCAGCCCUGAAGUAGAAAUCCCAGGAGGAGUUCCUCCGCCAGCGGGAACACGAACUGGCCCAGUGGGAGCUGGAGGUCUUCGAGCGGGAGCUGAGCCUCCUCAUCCUGCAGAUGAACCGAGAGCGGCCCCACGUCAAGAAGCGCAAGGGCACCUUCAAGAGGAACAAGCUCAAGGGCCGGGACAGCGAGCGGAUCAGCAUGCCCCUUGAUUUUAAGCAUCGCAUUACAGUGCAGGCAUCCCCCGGGUUGGACAAAAGGAAGGACAUUUUCGAGGUGGGGGCAGGCGGGUCCCCUACCUUCCCACGUUUCCGAGCCAUCCAGCUGGAACCGAGUGAGAAUGACCAGAACUGGGGACGCCAGUCGCCUAGGCGCGGGGACGAGACCUGGAACGGCCGCACAAAGAGCCCCGGAUCCCCAAAACCAUGGGAGAGCAUUACACAAAAUGGCAGGAGAAGGUCACGGCUGGAAGAAACGACGUGGUACAUGGAGCCAGAGACGCCGUCCAUCCCUCCACAGACCCAGACCCAACCCAGUCCAAAUGGUACGUGCAACAACAACAACCCUGCCUACCAUGCCUUUGUGCUUCUGUGUGCUCCUCCUCCUGGGCUUAGGCCGACUGCCGCCAGCCCCCAGGAUCCUUGCCGGCCUCCAUCCCAGAGAAGUCCCCCCCCGCCCUGCAAGUGGACCUCUGCAAGGAGACCCCCAACUGAUCUUCGUCGCCUGGACUCUGGGGGCGACAGGGAGUCCUUGCCGCCUCUUUGGGCUCAGAUGUCGCCCAAAAUCCCAGACUCCUGGAGGGUCGUGGCCACAAGGCCCAGAAAUGGGAAUGGUGCUCUCCCUUCUCCCUCAUCCCCUCGCAGCCCCCGUUCUCCCCGGCCCUCUCCCCACUCCAGCCUCAUCUCCCGGCCACGGCCGUCCCCCGUCCGCAGUCGCAUCGACCCCUGGAGUUUUGUGUCCUCCGGACCCCGUGCCUCACCCGUCCAGUCUCCACGCCUGGGACCACGCCACUUCAAGCCCCCCGGCCCUGAGAGCACCAACCCUUUCGCCGCACCCGAUCCGUUUGCCAGCGGGGACUUCUCGGUCUCAAAGGAGACCCCCGUAGCGGCCUGUGACCCCUUCCUCGUCGCGUCCAGAUUGGCGGCUCCUGGGCGGCUGAGUCCUUCUCCGUCAUGGACCUCUCAAGCCAUUCCACCCAAAGAGGAGACCGCCUUGUCUUGGUGGUCCGCAGCGUCCGCUCCUCGAGGAAGAGCCGCCCCAAAGUGACCGGGUGCCGGAGAAGAAGAGUCCCAUCUUCCGGAGGCACCUUGGUUUGGGAAGUUGGCGCCUUGAACCUCGACUGCGAUCGGACAAGAAACUGCAAGUGUGAUCAGAGACACCGGGAAAGAGGUUGGGGGGCUAGCAAUAUGCCUAGAUUGCGGGGCAUGGAGGGCAACACCGCUUGCCGCCUCCUCCUUGCCACAUCGCCUCCCCUCCUCCUUGAUGCCUCAUCUCCUUUUUUCUUUUCUCAGCCAGGAUGUGAAACCACACCAAGUGCCCAUUGGAGAAGUGCGACAAAGUAGUUGUGUGUUGUGGGUAAGCCAGAGCAGCGGAGGAGGAUCCAUUCCUUGUGCCUGCUGAAAACACUAACCAGUUAGACCCCAUCGACGAAGUGCCUUUCUUCUCUGAUCUCUCAUCCUCUUGCAAAAUCUGGGGAGCCCUUCCCCAAACUGGCAGCUAUCUUUAUUCUUCCUCAUACUCCGUUCGCCGCCACCUCCUCACUCCAUCCCCACUUUGCCAACUCUGCUUGCCAGGACUGUGCCUUGGUUGCCCUCCCCAGUGAAUACAGUGGGUUGGGGGCGACUAUCCGCAAAGAAAAAGAUUGGCAUCACUACCACUAAACCCUUCAACCCUAUUCCUUCUUAGCAUUCCUUGGUUGAAAUCCAGUUAGGUGCACUAUAGCGGUUUAACUAUGCCAGCAUAGGCAGAGAUGGCAAGGGGCAAAGCACCUAUCGGGGAUUAAGGCACUGGAGGAACAGUUUGUUGUGACCCGACUGUUUUUUCCCUUGCCAGUGUUGCAUAUAUCUGGACAAGGUUUAGCCACUUAUAUAGUGCACCUAUCCAUUCUGGCCCUUUUUGCAAGCCGAGAGUUGCUAUGCCAAACGCAGAACAGCUUUUCUUCAUAUGCGUGGAAGGGAAGACUGUGCCUUCAAGGGUGGCUAUGCCAUUGGCCAUGCUAGUUGGGGAAUGAUGGGUGUUGUUGUCCAACUCAACAACACAGAGGGCACCUAGUUAGGGAAGGCUGGCCAGGGUCGUGAAGGAAGGCACACCUUGCGUUCAAGCCACGAUGGCACAAGUGGCAAAACGCACCACUGUGAGCAGAGUUAGGGAUGUAACCGGUGCAAAGAUUUUUCUUAUCCUUAACCAUGCCACCGCUUGACUUCUCAGACUUGGGGGGAUUUUUAUUUCAUUCACACAAAAGCCGCUGUGUUUUGGGGGGCUGAGAAGCACUCCUUUUGGGGGGGGAAAAGGUAGUUUUUAUGCACACGGAUACAAAAUGUGAAAAACAAAAAUUUUAAAAUGCACAAAAAGCUCUCAUAAACUCAUCUGGGAGGCAGAGAACUCUUGAAAUAAUUUCUUCCUGCCUAUGAGAAUGAAGUAAGCAAUGAUUUACGGCCGCGGUCCUACACCGCAGACUACUUUAUGUGUGAUUUUUACAUGUAUGCGUAGCUACAUAGCAAAGACACUAUGGCACCCUCCUCCUCCCGAGUUGCAGAGAUGUGCAUCGGGACACUGGCGAGAGUGUUCAAAUGUGCAUUUGUCUCUGCCAAUGUGCACUGAUACUCCUUAGUGUCCAACUACGCAUCUCUGCCUCCCCUAAAUAGUAACGCUCCUACAGCCCUUUUGCUGAAUGUGGACAUUGCAAAACUGCUCAAGUCGUAUUUCCGGCAGAUGUAAGUUCACUGAGACCCAGGCCUCAUUCCCACUUACAAAUAAAUCGGUUUGCAAUCCGAGUCGAUGGAUCGAUUGGACAGCGGAGUGUGGUUCCCGCUACAUUUGUCCCGAUUGUAUUUAUUUCCCCUGUAAAAUAACCCCCUUGUGGUUCACAUUCACAAAUGAAAUGCUUCAAAAUGGACCCGGAGAGCACAUUUAAACCGAUUCCGAUCCACAUCUGGUUCACACAUUUGUGCAGAAUCGAUUGAUCCAAAAAGACGCGGGGGGAGGGGAUCAGCAUAAAAAAGACGCGGGUUAAACGGGUCUGGCACAUGGACCCUCCUUUCCGAACCGCAUCAGUGAAUCGAUUCAAGUGGGAACCAGGGCCAUUUAAAUGGGUUCAAACCGAUUUGCGAUCCGGUUUAAAAGGUAGUGGGAAUCAGGCCCCAGAGUGGAUUCCAGCCUUAAAAGAAGAGAAAAUGAGAGGAGGGUUUUCUGAUUCCAUUGAUGCAAAUGUGAAAUAGCAAAGAGGCAAGUGCCUGGAUGCGGGGGACAAGGGUGGGCUCACGCUUCCCAUCGACCGCAACCAGAGAAAACCCCCUCCGCAAGCACUUUAGAUGUGCAAUUCUACUGUGUCCUCCUCCUCCUUCCCUGCUACUUGAAUAUUAUCGCCUGUGCACCCGGCUCCCUCGGGACCCUCUUCCACUCCACAAACGCGAGGGAGCCAACUGUUUCCAGCCCGAUUCCCGGCGCGGAAUGGGCCAAGCCUGUGAAACGAGACCAAAUAAACCUCCAACUGCUGCCUC